AUGAUGCUGAAUGGUCAAUCGAUGUUAAAAACAUCAAUUUACAAUCCAUUAUUUAAAAGAUCGAUUCAAAUAUUCCAGUCUAAAACGUUAACUAGAGGAACAAUUAAUAAUAUUCCGACACAAGAACUUCUAGAACAAUUAGGGUUUAUCAAGAAGAUUUCUAGUGGACUUUUCCAUUUGUUGCCCCUUGGACUUCGAACUUUGAAGAAGAUUGAAAAUGUUAUUCAUUCGAGGAUGAAUAAUGACGCAAAUGGGUUAGAAGUUUCACUAAGUUUAUUAUCCUCCAAAGAAUUAUGGGAAAAGACAAAUCGAUGGCAGAAUGAUGAAUUGUUUAAGCUGAAGGACGGGAAAAAGAAUGAGUUUUGCCUUACUGCAACUUGCGAAGAAGAUAGUACUCAGUUGAUGAGGGGCUUCAUUAACAGUUAUAAGGAUUUACCCGUUUUAGUCUACCAAAUUGGUAAAAAAUAUCGAGAUGAAAUUAGGCCUCGAGGUGGAUUAUUACGUGGUAAAGAAUUUAUUAUGAAAGAUGGAUAUUCGUUUGCUAAAAAUGAACAAGAAUCAAUUGAAAUUUUUAACAAGAUGAAUGAGGUUUAUUUUAAUAUUUUUAAAGAUUUAAAUGUACCAGUAGUAAGUGCUAUAGCUGAUUCUGGUGAAAUGGGUGGUAGUUUAAGUAAAGAAUUCCAUCUUUUACACCCGUCUGGAGAAGAUACCAUAUAUACUUGUAGUUCAUGUUCAAACGUCUCAACGAUGGAAAAAUGCGAGUCCUUCCCACAGAGUGACAAGGAGGGACAAUAUGAUAAGGAUGUGAGUGUUAGAUAUGGGUUAAGUCGAGAUCAUUCAACGUUAAUCUGUUAUUAUUUCCCCCAAAAUAGAGAGUUGAAUUGGAACUUAGCUAGGAAGGCCAUUGAUUAUGAUAUAGAUAUGUUCCUGAGUGAUACUCCUAAUGAUAAGAUUGUUAAGAUAUACAAAGAUAGUGUUGAAGAUAUAAUUUUUGCCAAAGUUGUACGAGUAAUGGAUAUACGACUUAGUUCUAGGGCCAAUUUCCCUGAUUUUCCCUUAACUCAAUACUUAAAGAAUAAUUUUAGUCAAAUUGAUGAAGUAUCCAUUGUGAAUGCUGAAAGUGAGGAAAUAUGUGGAUCCUGUGGAGAAGGUCAUUUGGUUGGUGCAAAAAGUGUUGAAUUGGGGCACACUUUCAACUUGGGAACAAAAUAUUCAAAACCUUUGAGCGUGACCUAUAUGGAUAAGGAGAACAAUAAAGGUCAACUUGUGCAUAUGGGUUGCUACGGUAUUGGAGUUAGUAGAAUAAUAGGAGCCAUGUCUGAAAUGAAUAGAGAUGAAAAGGGGUUACGUUGGUCAAGAAAUAUGUCUCCAUAUCUCGUAUCAAUAUGCCAUAAUACACCUGUAAAGAAAAGAAUUGGUACUGAUCCAAACUUAAACAUUGAAAUUGAAAAAUUAAAAAAAGAGCUAGAAUUGAAAAUACCAGAGUUAUCAAAUGAAAUACUAUAUGAAUUCAAUGAGAAUAUUGGACUUGGAAGCCGAAUUUUCUUAUCUGAAAGUCUCGGGAUACCUAUUAAUAUAAUAAUUGGACCAAAGAAUUGGCCAAAAGUUGAAGUUGAGAUGCGGAACAUACCUAAAUAUUACAAUGAUAAUGAUGGUAAGGAUGAGAAGUCCUUCCUUGCUAAAUAUGAAAACCUGAAGGAUAAAUAUAAAUGGGAAAUAGUUAGAGGAGAGAAUGGUGAGAUAAAGAAGCAUAUAAUUCCCUCUAUAUACCUCCCCAAAGCGGUCAAGAUACUAUUAGACUUUUUGUAA